AUGUUGUUCUUCGUAAUCGUUCUACUCGCCGCCACCAGCGCCACCUACGCCCUGCCCGACGCCAAACCGUCCGGUAUAAUCGCAGCCGCCCCUUUGGCGGUAGCACCGGCGGUAAUUACCGCCCAAAGUUCUCAAGUGAUAGCCCGCCAGUACAAUCUACCAGUAGCUCGAUUGAUUUCACCCCAAGUAGCCGCCCCCGCCUUGGCGGGUUAUGCAGUGGCGGCGCCAUAUUUGGCAUCACCAUAUGUGGCAUCACCAUAUGUGGCAUCGCCAUAUUUGACGCCCGUUUUGUAG